CCGGUAUGGCUGUCACACAGGCUCAUGAGGCCGAUAUAUGGUUCAACAAGCUCGCUUUGAAGCAGCAACAAGCUCCACUAUGCUCUGUCCAGACCAACGGGCACAUUUCACAGAAUGUGGAAAAUGACCACGAAGACUUCGAUACGCUAGACGAUACUGCAGGCCUGGGAAUGCCCAAGAAAGAUGAGACGGACUCGCAAAUACACCUCUUGCUCAAGAAGCGCAACAUGUCCAACGAUCGUCUAUUAGAAACGCUCAUUGGCAAGAAAGCCGCAGAAGCAAAACGAAAAUCUCAAGCGGUGUCCAAGAGCAAUAUCGCAUCAAACCAUGCCGCUCCGAAGCCCGUAGUCUCUUCAUCCAGGCCGCGAGAAGACAGCAGCGACGACGAAGAGGAGCUGGGUCGCGCGUCCGCAUUUACGUCAAAGAGGAAGACAAGAGAUCGAAAUCUGCCAGCAUACACGGUCGGUGGUGCACAUUCUCCCGCUCAUGUCCAUAUCGAUGCACAACCUGAAGAUCCAAGGGAGGAUCUGGCGACUGUCAAAGCACUGGCGAAUGGAGAUCAGGCUCAGAAGGAGAAAGACAGCGGAGAAGAGUUCAAGCCUAGCAGGAGAAAGGCGACGAGUUAUUUGGACGAGCUACUAAGCAGCAAGAAGAAGAAAAAGAAGAAGAGCAAGGGGAAGGCAUAGUCUGAUAGGAUAAGAUGAGCUCUGACACAACUACGAAAAUCGUCGUUCUGAU